ACGGGGCACACCGCAGCUCCCUCCCGCACCCAGAGGGCGGGGCUGCCCGGCUCCAGGCUGCAGGGGGCGGCUGCCCGGGCCACUUCGCUUGCAGAAUGGACAGAGGCGAGGAGGGAGGCAGCGCCCUGACGGACCCCGGGUCAGGGAGCAGCAGGCGGGUUUGCAUGACCAACUGCCCAACGCUCAUUGUCAUGGUAGGCCUGCCCGCCAGGGGCAAGACCUACAUCUCUAAGAAGCUGACUCGCUACCUGAACUGGAUUGGCGUGCCCACUCGCGAAUUCAACGUAGGCCAGUAUCGCCGGGACAUGGUCAAGACAUACAAGUCUUUCGAGUUCUUCCUUCCAGACAACGAAGAGGGCCUAAAAAUCAGGAAGCAGUGUGCGCUGGCAGCCCUCCGUGAUGUCCGGCGGUUUCUCAGUGAGGAGGGGGGCCACGUGGCGGUCUUCGAUGCAACGAAUACCACCCGAGAGCGGAGAGCGACCAUCUUUAAUUUUGGGGAACAGAAUGGCUACAAGACCUUUUUUGUGGAGUCCAUCUGUGUGGAUCCUGAGGUCAUAGCUGCUAACAUUGUGCAAGUGAAACUGGGCAGCCCUGACUAUGUGAACCACGGUAGUGACGAGGCCACGGAAGAUUUCAUGCGGCGCAUUGAGUGCUAUGAGAAUUCGUACGAGUCGCUGGAUGAGGACCUGGACAGGGAUCUGUCCUACAUCAAGAUCAUGGACGUGGGACAGAGCUAUGUGGUGAACCGGGUGGCUGAUCACAUCCAGAGCCGCAUCGUGUAUUACCUCAUGAACAUCCACGUGACCCCCCGCUCGAUCUACCUCUGCCGGCACGGGGAAAGUGAGCUCAAUCUCAAGGGCCGGAUUGGCGGGGACCCGGGACUGUCCCCCCGGGGCAGGGAGUUUGCCAGGAGUCUGGCCCAGUUCAUCCGUGAUCAGAACAUCAAGGACCUGAAGGUCUGGACGAGCCAGAUGAAGAGGACCAUCCAGACAGCCGAGGCCCUGGGUGUGCCUUAUGAGCAGUGGAAGGUCCUCAACGAGAUCGAUGCGGGCGUCUGUGAGGAGAUGACCUACGAAGAAAUUCAGGAUCAUUAUCCACUGGAAUUUGCCCUACGGGACCAGGACAAGUACCGGUAUCGGUACCCCAAGGGGGAGUCCUAUGAGGACCUGGUCCAGCGCCUCGAGCCUGUCAUCAUGGAGCUGGAGAGGCAAGAGAAUGUGCUGGUCAUCUGCCACCAGGCUGUGAUGCGCUGCCUUCUGGCCUACUUCCUCGAUAAGGCGGCAGAACAGCUGCCCUACCUCAAGUGUCCGCUGCAUACCGUCCUGAAACUGACCCCUGUGGCUUAUGGUUGUAAAGUGGAGUCCAUAUUCCUGAACGUGAUGGCUGUGAACACACACCGGGACAGGCCUCAGAAUGUAGACAUCUCGAGGCCCCCGGAGGAAGCCCUUGUCACGGUCCCUGCUCACCAGUGACCAUGCCUCAUCCACUGCGACCCCCAGGCAGGUAUGGACCUCUGCAGAUGAGGUCCUUACAGGCCCCCUGGCCCGUGUGAGUUUCUCUGCCGGAACAUCCCAGAGCCCGCGCACCAGCCACCCUGCUUCCUUGUUAACAGUGACAGGGUUAGACGUGGUGCCCGACCUGCUGCUAUAAAGCAUUUGGCCAGACUGCAUCCGCCCGGGGCUGGUGAGAGGUGUCCUCACAAGCUGGUCCUGCCGUUGCAGCUCUGAGGUGCUCUCUCCCUGGUCGGUGGGCUCUGUGAAGUGUGAAGCCCUAAACAUGUGAACAGAAAGCCCGGCUAGGAGGUUCCCGCCACGGCCGAGCUGUCUCAGGCGGACCUGGCGACCCCAGCGGGGACUCUGUUGUCUCCUCUGUGUGGGACCCUGAGCUCUGCUGCCGGGGCUGCGAGCGAGUGCCCUUCCCGUCCUGCCAGGAACCGAGAGCCGCCGAGGCCGCCCCCUCGUGUCGGAGCCGCUUGUGAGCGCCACGUGCUCACUUCAGCAGAAGCACGCAGGGAGCGCGGCCUUUGGGGUCACCCCUUGUCGAUCACACGUACACUGGAACAUUUGGGGGAGCUGGUGGCCAAGGCCGCCCCUGCCCAACGGCUGUCACGGUGAAAGCGUGUAAAGUCAGGGUGGUCGCGUGAACACCCAGGUGCUCGAGGGAGAGGGUCCCACCUCGCCCUCCCGGCCGUGCUCCCCAGGCUACCUCUCCCCCGUUGCCGCCUGUGUCCACACAGGAGCGGACCCUGGUGGCAGAGAAAUGCAUUUGCUGUGAAGCGUUCAGAGAAAAAAGCCUGUCCUGGCGUUCACUGACCUCCACCUGUGGGGAGAGGCCAGAAACCCGAGGCACCCUGUCCAGGGGAGGAUGUUCCCAGCAUGGCGCAGCUUCGGCUUCCCGUGCAUGGGAGCCUGGCAGAAAACCACCCCGGGAGGCUGCCAUCUGUCACGCGCCCCUGAGUUCCUUUGGGCCCAGAGAGGCAGGCUGGGCAGUGGGUUCUGGCUCCAUCUUGUAGAUGAGUAGGAGGCCUGGCCAGCAAGUCGAGAGGCUGGGUGAGGAGGUGUCGGGGUCUGUAGUCGGACGCCCUGCUGUCCACAAGUGGGUCCUCGUCCGGGAUCCCGAGCCCACCUUGUACCCAGAAGCUUCCCUGGCAGGACAGCCCACCUUUCCCAGCCUCCCGGGGCUUUAAAGCCUGCGCGUGCCCCUGCCCCAGCUGUGGUCUCUCAGCCUCGUGCACUGCAGUGGCCGCGGACAGACCCGGUGGAGGGCUGGGGCAGGAGCUUCUGGACUUACCUCCUGCCAGAGCCCCUAGCCCUGGACUCAGGACCAGAGGACCAUGCCACUGCCUUUGGGACAUGGGGACCACAGCCCUUGUUUCCAUGUCCCCAGAGUUUUGGUGACUUGGUCACAUGGACAGUUAUUGUUGGCCAUAGUGGGUUUCUUUGGUUGGCGGGCUGUACGUCUGGAUGUGCCCACCUCUCCAGGACCUCAGGCUGGCUGAGGCAGGACCAGUGAGGCCUUUUCUCUGUGCCCAGAGGGCAGUCAGGAGCUGCUGGACCCGGAGUGUUACAAGGACUGGGAUAGGGCAGUGGGAAGCCUGAGGGCAUGGCAGGGUUGGGGCAGCUCCUCUCCGCCUCUGCCUGGAGUGCUCUCUGCAUGGGCAGCAACCCACUGGGUCGGCUGCCGGGUUUUAUCCAUGACGGUCCAUGUGCUUGUGUCGAAGACGUUUUCCCAUUCUCCCUGGAGUGGGUGGUGGUGGAUCUCAGCUACACGUCACGCUGUGUCCAGCAUUCUUUGCAAUAAAUACUUAAAAAAAAAAAUUGGAGCACCUGGCUGGCUCAGUCAGUAGAGCACCUGACUCUUGAUCUCGGG